CAUCAAAACACAUUUUAGUUCGCGCUGCAAAACAGUCGGUCUCCUGUUUUGCUGUUUGUAUUUUCAAAAUUUAUCAACAGUGAUUUCUUUUUUUUAUCUCCCUACCGUAAGAAACUUCCCAAUGUUGGUGUUCAACUAUCCAUAAACACAAACACAAGCUAUGAGUGGAAACGGUGUCAACUUGCACGAUUUGCGGUUGAAACUUUUCGGCCCAACGCUGGACGAUUCCGUGCUCUACGGAGUGGAUCGCAUGAUUGACUGCUUUCGAAGGUGCAAAGAUACGCCCAGAGUGCCGGUCCGGAGUGCCAGCUUCUACCGGUCCUGUGAAACUUUACCCCCGCUCGAGCCGAACACUCCCUCACCUGCAACCUUCGAACCACCAGCAGCGAAGCUUUCGCCCGACGAGAUGGAUCUUAUCAUUGACGCAAUUGUUCAGUCUCGCCGGCAGAACGGUCAACGGUAUGCGCGGAAGGUGAACGCAGCACCGGCCCGGAGAGUCAAACCGUCGGAGCCGCGACUACGCGAAACCCGGUGGGCCCUGGCGCGCAUCAACGAGUUUGACGAUGGUGGCAAAACUUACGAAAUUAUGAAGCCACUAGACGGGAGCAGGCUGCCAACGGGGACGUCGGUGUCGACGGAUACGGAAAUUGUUUUCGCCCUGCUGCAAAACGGCACCACACUCACGUACCGCAUCCAGCCAGGGGAAUCGUUCGACCGAGCACGAUGAAGAAGAGCAGAGAGUCGCUGAUUGUGCGUAUUUUAUUUUGUACCAUUUUUUUUGCUUCUAUAUUGUUGCUUUUGUCCCACACACUUACUCAAAAACAGGCAAGC